UAGAAAGUGAGAACAACGACGCAUGGGUGGAAAGCACCUACGAUAACUGAACAAUACCUCGACCAAUGGGUGGUGAACCUACUGGAAAAGAGCAAAUAAGAGUAAACGAAAAGAAGAAUAAAAGAGAACAAACAAUCGCGUGAGACCUCUGAGAGCGACAAAACGGUGCGUUGAUUUUCCAGCUUUUCGUUGCCCGAAAACAUAACGGUCCCAAGCGCCAAGCAGCUUACAAGUGGCUUUCCGAACCACAUCAGAGGCACAUUCAAGUUGACGCGUUGUUUUCUCCGGGAAACUUUCUCACUCGUUUCGCUACUUUGUGCGCCGCGCUUGAGGGGCACUCUGCCUGGCGCUCGUCGUCAUUCGCGUCGUAGUCGUGGCCUGGCCGGGGGAUAGAGCUCUCGAGAGAUCGCUCUCGGCGUGGUGCGUUCUCAUUUCCGAUCGCGAAGUGCGCUUUUUGUAUUACUAUUUUCUUGGAGUUCAAGUCCAAGAUCUUGUGCGCGGGGCAAAUCGGUGGUUCAACAGCCAGCCAGUGACCAACUUGUGCUUGUGCAGCGUUCAGUCGGUGCGGAAUUCGUUGAACUCUUUCUCGGUCCUCUCGCGAGCUUCACCGUGUUUCGAGCAACCCAGGAGGAACAGGGCCUGAGUGGGGCGGCCAAUAUCGCGCACUGUGUUCCCGUUGUUCGGGGAAUUGAAAUUUGUAUAUAGAAUUGUAGUGACACUAUUCGAUGCAACAUUUCCUAGGAGUUGAUGGUGUGUUUAUACAAGGUUCUGUUAUCAGUAUCGUGUGUUGAGUGUUGGUGAAAGAUAAAAAUACAAGUUCGCUAUUAUCAGGCCAAAUAGACGGCCCUUGGUUUGCAAAGUAGAGUGUGCUUGACCAAGAAAACGAUGAGUUGUUCGGUAUCUGUCUCGGGCUAAUGAAAUUUCACGGAUCAACUGCGAGUGCAUUAAUUUUUACCGUUCUCCUCAAAUUGUGGAGAAAACACGCCAAAGGAAGAAGCCCGUACCAAACCGAACCAAACAUAGAAUUUCAAUCUGUAGUGUGUGAUUCAGUGUGAGUGGGGUGCACAUAGAAAAUAGACCAACCAGACCCGAUCCCAUCGGAGUAUACACCGCACUUUAAUUAGAUUCCUCUUUCUUGGAAUCGUCGAUCCUGAUUUCUUCGGUUUUGAUUGUCUGAACAGGCGCGUGUGCGACGCAUCCAAACCCAAAUGCCUUUGUUCAACAAAAAGAGUGCAAAAAUCUCUAACCCAUCCCCUCCCAUGACGAAAGAUCCUCACCAGCAUCAUUUGUACGAGAACAACAACAGCUACAGCGGCAACGGCAAGAAUCUGGCAGGCAGCACGACGAUGCCUACGGCGCCGCACAUCGAUGACCUGAACGGCAGCCACGAGAGCAACGUGACCAAGCCGCAGCUCGUGUUCAACUGCCAGCUGGCCCACGGCAGUCCAACGGGGUUCAUCACCGGGUUUGCCAGCGUCAAGGAGCUGUACCAGAAGAUCGCCGAAUGCUACGAUUUUGCGAUGGAUGAGAUUUUAUUUUGCACGCUAAACUCGCACAAGGUCGACAUGAGUAACCUGCUGGGUGGACAAAUCGGGCUGAACGAUUUCAUCUUCGCACACAAAAAAGGUCGACCCAAGGAGGUGGAAAUAGUCAAAUCGGAAGACGCCCUCGGACUGACCAUCACCGACAACGGUGCCGGAUAUGCGUUCAUCAAGCGGAUCAAGAACGGCAGCGUCAUCGAUCGGAUCCCACACAUACAGGUUGGCGACCACAUCGAAAAGCUAGACGGUAUCAAUGUGGUCGGAAAGCGACACUACGAGGUGGCCCGUAUGCUAAAGGACAUCCCCACCGGAUCGACCUUUACGAUUCGGUUGGUCGAACCGAUGAAGAGUGGUUUCCAGGGUAUCGCGCCUCGGAAGGGUGGCGCCAAACAGUCCAAACCUGGCUACGGAAGUGGAAAGGAAACGCUUAGGUUUAAGGCCAACGGAAAUGCCACUAUCGAGGACGAGCACGACGACUCAACACAGUGCGGAAUCGAUGCCAUCAAUACACUGCUAGAUUCAUUUAUGGGAAUCAACGACACUGAACUAGCGACGCAGAUAUGGGAUCUAGGCAGCAAUAAAACCAACUCAAUGGACUUUGCCGAGGCGAUUGAUGCUUCCGACCUAGAGGCGUUUGGGUUCACCGACGACUUCAUCAUCGAACUGUGGGGUGCAGUCACCGACGCUCGACAGGGUCGUCAUCGGAGAUAAGACAUGAUAUUGCCGAGGAAACUGUCGUAGCCAAUAGUAACCGCCAAGCCAAUCACUUUGAAGCGUGUUUAUGUUUUACUUCUACUUUUCGGAAAAUAAACAUAAUACGUAUUUAAUUGUGCUUCUACUUGAAUAAUAUUUCUAACGUUCAAAAUCACAGGGGCGUAACUGCAUUGAUCGAUUUCUCUUUGUCGAUGUUUCCUUUUUAUUAUUGUAGUGAAUUGCAGUAGUUUGUGGAAGAUUGUACUGUAUGAGGUGAUAAAUGUUGAUUGCAUCUUGUACCAGAAUCAACAAUCACGCUUGUAGUUUUUAUAACAAUUGAGUUAUUAUCAAAAUACAAAAAAGAUUGAAAGAAAUCGAUCAAUAUAGUUACGCCCUAUGAUUCUAAGCGUGAGAUUUGUUAUCUCGGUAGAAAAUACGGAAGAAAUAAUUUAAAAUGACAUCAUCUUCUCCCAAUCAAAAAGCAAUAAAAGCGAUGAAACACUUUCCGAUAAUCAUAUAAUAAUAGCAUUUAUGUUGAAUAUCCUAUGUUCAGACUUCGCACCUGUUACAUGUUGUUCGGUUAUCUUGAUGGCAUUUCGCUUGAUAACAUGUUAAAACGUCGUAGUGUGAAUGUAAUAUUUAUAGUAAUGAUCAAAAGAAGCAAUCUGGGAGAACUUAAAAACAUUCCUUCAGGAAAAAACCAUACUUAUGAUGAGAAGCGUAGCUAGCUAUCUAAAAGUUACUCAAACAAAUGAAAAGACAUUCGUACAUGUGGAAGUGAUAAUAUCGAUAAUUUUAACUAAUACGUAAUGUUAUUCAGAGCGAAACGUAGGAGAACAAGUGUACUUACUGUUGGAUGGAGAAGAGGAGUUUAUGUAGAUUUUUUAGUAGACUGAAGGAGAAUAAAAUCAAGUCAAACAUUGAGUAGAAAAAUGAAGAUGAAGAAUUUAUUUUAACCGUGUAUAUCAAGUAAAGAUUCGACUUAUACGUUUAAGCAACACGAACAUCUAGAAAUACAGAGUUAAGGUAAA